AGCUGUGACUAAGUGGAGAGGGAGAACCAAACAUGAGCAACAGGCCAGAAAAAGGGGUAAAGGAGAGCAGCAGCAGGGAAGGAUUGAGACUUAGGAACCAGGACCAAGAUCAGAACCGGGACCACGGACCAAACGCAGCUCCUGCCAACAUGUCAGAAUCCAUCAAGAGGAGAAACUCCACCAAGCAGCUCCUGCAGAACCUCAUCAGGGUGACAGUGCAGCGGAGCCAGGAAGAUGCAGAGGAGGUGGAGCGGGAGCGAAGGAGGAGAGCCAGGGAGAAGCAGAAAGAAGAAGGAAUCCUGUCCCUCCCAGAGCCCCGGCAACACAUUACACACAAGACAGAGACUGAUGACGAGCUGAAACCCUGCUGUUUUGUCCUGGAAGAGGACGAAGGUUUCAGCGACUGGAGCAACAGGUUGGAAAACCGUAAUGAGCAGGAGGUGCAGGACAACUUCAGCACAAAGGAGCAGAAACCUUAUGCAGCAUCAGUUCCUGGGGAAUAUGAGGAGAAUGAAGAAAAGGGCAGAGGGGAACAUGGAGGGAGGAGCUCUGAGGAAACUUUGACACAACAAUCAGAGAAGACAUCCAGCUCUGAUACCCCAGUCAGGACAUCAUACAGCUCCUCUGUCUUCCUGUCACAGGAUGCCAGGCAACACCACAGUGCAGGACAUCCUGCAGACAGGACGUCAUACCUGGCAGCAGGGACGAUGAAGAGACGGAACUUCGACCACAGCGGUGGAGCUCAAAGAAUGGAGGAGGAGGAACGCAAAACGCAAGAGGAAGACUAUAAUGAAAAACAGGUGAAGCCAAUGCUGCCGAUGGAGCAACAAAGCUCCACUGAUGAAGAUAUUCAGGAGAAAGAAGGGCUGAGCACCACAGGUGAAGAGAAGGGAGAUCUCCACAACAGGAAGGAGCAAGCACACAGGGCAGCAGAGGAGGAAUAUCAUGAAAUGCAAAACAAGAGAUCAGAGGAGAGUCAAGAAAGAUGGGGUGAGGAGUUGAGCAGCGGGCCUGCAGGGUCCCUCUUUAACCACAAUGAAGGCGAGGAGUCGUUAAACUGCUACGGCCCCAUGAGUCCAACAUUCAAGAAACUCCUCAUUCAGUUUUACCCAGAUGAGGUGAACAGUCGAGUCUCACCUGAUGGAAAAUGCACAAUAACAGAGAGAACGGAGUCUCUCAAGAGAAGCACCAGCAACAUAAAGAAGAGGCUGCCACCUCUUUCUGUUUCUAAGAUUGAUAAGAGAUUGGAAGAAUACACAACUGCUCUUGAGGUAAAAAUCUCCUCAAAGGAAGGAAGAGCAAGCUGUCAGGUGCUGACAGACCUUACAAGCCCCUCUGAACCAGUUGCAUCAAAGAAGAACCUGUUUGAAGCUGGAGAAGCCUGGAACCAAAACGUCAUCUCAGUCACACCAUCCAAGGAUGCAGAUGGUUUAAAAGUUGGUGUGGCUGAUCUCAUCAACCUGUGGGUAAAAGGAGGUGAAGAUGGAAGCAGGAGCAGCUCACCUUCAAAACCAGCAGAAAUAAGACCUGGUGGGGUUUUAAGCAAGAAGAAUUUAUGGGAAGGCGUCGGUGACACAUUUUCUUCAACAAGAGAUGGAAAGGAAACUGCCACCAAAAAGUAUAAAUAUGUGGUGACGGGUCACGGCAAGUAUACAAAAGUUUCUGGUAACGGCUGCAGUGAAGAUGAAAGCUACCAAGCAGCUGGACAGUUCUGUGAAGAUUUGUGAAACACUUGUUUGGAAUUACUGGACUACAAGCCACUAUCUCUUGACAAUUCUCUCUUUGUUGAGUUAUAACCUGGAAAAACACCUUAAUUCUUCUUUUGUUUUGUUUUCCGGACAAUAUCUCUGUAAAUUUGUAUCUUUGAAUACAAUUAAAUAAAUCUGAAUAAAAUA